CUUUCUUUGUGGAGAAAUCACUGGUCUCCCAACCCGGAUGCUGUGCCACAACUAUCGAUAAUUUCGCCCAGUGCGCAGCGCUGUAGGCAGAGCAAGGGGGCGGAAAUAUUUCAGUACCCUUGAAGCGGACAGCUCUCCCCGGAUCCACACGCUUCUGACCGCCGGGCUCCACAUCCGAGCCUGCAGGGCGGGCAGGAUCAUAAUCAUACCCAGGAUACAGGAAGGUGCAGCGGCCACAUUAGAGCCAAACACCCCCCUCCUGCUCCUGCAAGAUCGUGACCACUUGCACGCCGCUGGAGCCGUAGUGGAAAGGGUGAGAAGGAGGGAGGAAGGCAGAGACAAGGGGGGAGCAGAGCAUCACUACAGAGAGAGAUGGCGGAGUGCGGGCGGAAGGCGCUGUCUCUCCUGGAAGCGGCCCGCUCCCGGUACGAGAGCCUGCAGAUAUCCGACGACGUGUUCGGCGAGUCCGGGGAUGACAGCAGCGACAAUCCCUUCUACAGCACCUCCGGAGACUCCGACUCCGACAACUACAUAGCCGAGGUAGGCGAGGAGGACCAGCAGCAGCAGCCGCAGCAGCACCACCACCAAAAGAGGGGGGAUAAGGAGAGCCGCGGGGGAGCAGGAGGUGGUGGCAGCGGAGCCGGUCCCCCGGGCUCCCUGUCCCGGAGUCAGGCUGAGGAGGAGGGCUGGACGGAGACUCUGCAGGAUGUCACGGUGCCGCCGUUCAAAGAGACAUAUGGCCCUGCUCAGAAGAUGCCAGCCACUGCCACAGCUCUGGACUUCUUCCAGCUCUUCGUCCCGGACAACUGCAUCCAAAACAUGGUCACCCAGACUAACAUGUACGCCAAGAAGUUCCAGGAGCGCUUCGGCUCAGACGAAGGCUGGCGUCCAGUCACAGCCCAGGAGAUGAAGGCCUUCCUGGGUUUCGUCACCUCCACCAGCGUGCACCGCUGUGAGUCAGUGCUCAGCAUCUGGAGCUCGGGCUUCUUCAGCAACCGGAGCAUCGCCUUGAAGAUGAGCCAGGCGCGCUUUGAGAAGAUCCUCAAGUACUUCCACAUCGUGGCUUUCCGGCCGUCACAGGGAAGCAACCAGGGCCUGUACAAGAUCCAGCCCUUCCUGGACUCGCUGCAGCAGUCGUUCAGCUGCACCUUCAGACCUUCACAGACACAGGUUCUUCAUGAGCCGUUGAUAGACGAGGAUCCGGUGUUCAUUACCACCUGCACGGAAAGAGAGCUGAGGAAGAGGAAGAAGAGGAAGUUCAGCCUCUGGGUUCGACAGUGUACCUCGACUGGAUUCAUCUGUCAGAUCUCAGUCCAUCUGAAGGAGGGCACAGACAGUCUGGCCACCUUAAAGAACAAGCCUCAGCUCCACAGCCUCGUGGCCAAGCAGCUCUGCCAGAACAUCUCGGGCAAAAACACCAUAAUCUUCACCGGGCCGUCCAUCACGAGCCUCAGCCUCUUCACCGAAUUCAGCAAACAAGAUAUCUACUGCUGCGGUCUGCUGAGCACCAGAAAGAGUGACUGUACAGGCUUACCACAAAGCAUGCUGGUUUGCGGCUCCACGCCAGCGCAGCGUGGCCAAUCCCGAGUUAUGAUGAAAGGCAGCAUGUCCCUGAUCAGCUGGUACAACAAGGGACACUUCAGGUUCCUCACUAACGCUUAUUCCCCAACAAAGCAAGGAAUCAUCAUUAAGAGGAAAAGUGGGGAGAUCCCAUGCCCCUUGGCUGUCGAGGCCUUUGCGGCACAUCUCAGCUACAUCUGCAAAUACGACGACAAGUACAGCAAGUACUUCAUCUUCCAUAAACCCAACAAGACCUGGCAGCAGGUGUUCUGGUUGAGCAUCAGCAUCGCCAUCAACAACGCGUACAUCCUCUACAAGAUGUCUGACGCCUACACAGUCAAACGCUACAGCCGAGCGCAGUUUGGAGAAAGACUGGUCAGAGAGCUGCUGGAUUUAGACGACUGCUCCCCCACACAGUGAGGAGGAGGAGGAUGAGGAUGAGGACAGCAGGAGCGCACAACAAAAACACACACAAACACAAACACAAGCCCCACACCCACACUUACACUUGAUUACGGUUGUACAGACUCUGCAGUCUGUGUCGAUGUGAUAAUACUGAAGCAGUGCCAAGCCGAUGUCUCUCUUCCUCUAGUUGUUUUCUGUGGUACUGUAAAUAGUCAUUAACACACGACUGCACACUACACAAUAGAGAAUCAUGAGCCAUGGGACAGUUCACAUGCCUCAACUGCAACUUUUAACCACACAGAUUUACUAAGGAUUUGUCAGCAGGAGCUAUUUCACAAGCAGAGAUGCAGGCGGAAACAAUGAAACCGGGAUGAAUUCACCCUUAAAUGAUGUCAAGUCUUAACUCUUGUCAAAGAGCGAAGUUCUCGAUAUGAGCCUGAAUCUCCCGUGUGAGUGUCCAAACGUGUGCUCGUCAGGCGCAAAAGGCUACAUGUAGCUCGAUACUUACACUCUGCAAAAACACCUGUGACCCUGUAACAAAAGCUUAGUAAACAGGACAAUGGUGUGUCCACACGCUGCAUGCAUAAAGAAACUGGAUCGUGAUGUUCUCUUGUUCGGUGUGAAAAUGAUUUCUGCUCCAGGUGGGUUUUUGAAACUUUUUUUUUUUGUGAGUGUGUAUGUAUUUAGCAAGUGGAACUGCCAUUUGUGUGUGUGACGCUGAGCCUGAGGUACGUACGGCUAUUGUGACCCAGAUGUGUCGUGUUGCUGCAUACUGUGUACUCGCUAGAGGAAGACUGUCAGGUGAUGUAAAGCCACACACAGCAGUGUGCCGUCAAUUCAAAGCUUCUCACUUCUAAAAGAGCCCAGAAAAUAUUAAAAGGAGACUUGCUUUGGGAUUUUUAUUUUUAUGUUUAUUUAUUUAUUGUAUUUCUCUUAGGCUUGGGCGUUAUCAAGGUAUUAUGGUAUAUCAUGAUAUUUCAAAAUGCCGAUGGUAUGAUACAGACGCUCCUGUUUCUAUUAAACUCAUACAGAGAUGCUGUAUCAAGGUGAUGUAGUGCACAGCACACACCACCAGAGGUCAGUCUCUACUGGUGGAACUGGCAGCUGAGCUGAGAAAGAUGGCGACUGCAAGUGGUGGGGUAACGUUGCAGGACUGUAAUCAUUGUAUUUAUUCAUACCACCAAACACAGGUUGAAUAAAUGUCAGUUUCUUUCUCUUUAAUCUAAGCCGAAUACAGAACUUUUAGAGCACGUUACACACUUUCCCGCACCACAGCGGUCAAGAACCUUUUGCUCUCCGGGGUGAAACACCUGACAGCAACAAUGUUGUUCUUACCUUUAUACCGUAAGACUUGAAAUAUCAAUACAGCGCCACCCAGUGUUUAUCCCGGUAAAUACAAUUCAGGUCUGCUGAGUGGAAUCACAUACAGACUGUUUACACAAAUACCGUUCAAUACUGUAGACUCCCAUAAAAUUUCAGUAGGGUAUGAACUUGUGAAAAAAAAGAUAACGUCCAAGCCUUAUUUCUCUAAAACAUAAAUAUUUAUGGCUAAUAGGGACAUUUUUAGUGAAAGUUUUGGGUGGGGAAAGCAUUGUUAGGUUUUAUUUAUUAAGAAUUUAGCACUUAAAAACUGAUUUCCUUCAUCAGGACUGUGUGGGUGAGGUUUGAUCAGAUUUGAUUGACAACAUAAAACAACAACCCCACAGUCUAUUUAAUCCUAACUUAAACAAUGCUCAAUCCUGAUUGGUGAGCAGUGAGCAGAGCACAGACAAAGACACAAAUACAUACAUUUCCCAUAAUAAAUAAUCUAAAUGGUUCCAAUUUGGCAGAAAAUGUGCUCAUGCAGGUUUACAUCGCUCAUAGUAAGAGGCGGAUGUAAAAAAUAGAUUUUCAGGGUCUUAAAAAGACAAUAAAUGCCAUCAGAUCUGCAGCCUACGUUCGCACCAACACUUCCAAAGGCGGAUAAACUUAUCUCAUUGGUCCCGACUUAUUACUCAUGUAGUUAACUGUGCUUUGCAGGGCACAACAAGUUCAAAAUCUCCUUGAUUGGAUGUUAAGUAAGCCAGUGUUGCUAAGCAACGAGUACAAUCUUGGCGAGUGGGCAGGGGGCUUGAAUAAUAUUGCUUGGCAAGAUUUAGGAACAGAAACUGAAUUGCUGGUGGCUGAUAAGAUGAGAAGAUGUCCCAGAAAUCCAAAAUGUUGCAACAAAUCUUGAUGUUGAUAAAAUUGGUGCCCAAAUCUCAUCAGGAUCUCCAGAGCUGACAUCACUAAGCGAUGACAUGAUUUGACGAUCUAAAAAACCACAGCUACACUAAAUAUUUAUGAGAACAUUUGCAGCUAAUAGUACCUGUGGGUGUUCUCGCUGUUAUAUAUAUGUCUUUAAAAAAUCCUCUAAUACCUUCUCUGACAUGGAGGCAUGGAUACAUUUGGUUGUAUUCUUGCAGCGGCACAUUUCUUGCCAAGCAACAGCUUUAGACCUGCCACCUCCUGCCCAGCCAAUGAAAGUGUUUAUCUGAUUAAAAUGCACUACAGUCUCCACACCAUAUGAUUACACACACUGCUGUGUGUAGCUUUAACAAGGACUCUACAGUCCACUUUGCUUUGCUUAACAUGUUAUGCAGUCGACAUGUUAUCGUCACGCUGGAAUCACGUAAUGAAGACUUUAAGUGAAAGGUUUUGAUGUGUGCUUGCUCGAUCAGCAUGGUUCGAUGUGUGAAUACGUAUUGCAGUGAGAUGACGGUGUUUACGCUGGCAGAGCAGAGUUGUGGAGGGAUUUUCGCUGGCAGGGCUCAUGCACUUUGUCCCAUCACGGUCUUUGCACUUUGAGGAGAGUUGUAAAGGUAGCAACAUGUUUACUAGAUAAUCCUUUUAGUUUUGAACCCGAUGAUAGUAUACACUGCUCUCAGAAAAAAUAUGGGAAAUAUGAGUAGAUAAGUUCUGUAAAUAUACGUAGAUUAAUGAAAUGGAUUAUAUGAAAAAACGCCAAUGAAAAAAAGACAAUUAAUGACAAUAACCAAAACAGAAAAGAUUUCCACUGUAGAUUUAGAGAACAAGGUGAAGUAUGUAUGUGUAUAUUUUGUUUACAAAUUACUGUACUGAGUGUAUGUCCAUAACCACUCUGUCACUAAGACUCAAGAUUGUGAUUUUUUUUUUUAACUUUUUCACUAAUCCAAAGCAUCGUUGUUGUCAUCGUGGCUCUUGUUGUCAUGUGUCUAAUCACCAUGUGUUCACCUCGCACUGUUUAAUAGGGCUGCACCAUAUGAGGAAAUCGUUGUUGAAUAUCACGGUAGCGAUAUUAGGUGUGAUAAAUUAACAGAUAUUAAAGUGUACUCAGUUUUCUACUGCUUUCAGUGAACUGUUAAAACACAAAGCACUUACUAGCUCACCUAGUAGAGCAGUUGCCCCGCGUACAAAGGCUUUGUACGUUCAAGUUCAAUUCCAAUCCGUAGCCCUUUGCUGCAUGUCGUCCCCCCUCUGUCUCCCCCUUUCACUCUGGAUCUGUCCUGUCUAAUAAAGGCAAAAUCCUGAAAAAAAUAUCUUAAAAACAAACAAAAUUAAAUUAUUUCCAACAUUCUUUUAUUGAACAAAUUUAACGUUGAACUCAAUGCAGAAGACACCAGUAAGACACCAAUGAUAGUCACAUUUUAAAGUGCAGUUUCCUUAUGAUAUACUCACUAUCAGCAAAAAGAUCCCUUGGUGCAAUAUCAGUCUUUUUGCUAUGUGUCUAUGGAGCAAAAGAAAAUAUAAACAAUAAAACAAUAUAUUUUGCAGCCCUACUGUUAGUCAUAGCAGGCGCCCCUGCUGGUGAUUUUAAUACAAUGUUUGAUAAAUAACUCACAGGUUUAGUUUGAAAGUGACUGGGUCGUAUUAUGGAAAAGAAGUACAGCUGUAGCCAUUUCAGGAACCCAUCUCACUUGUUUAACUCAGACUGCCAGGAAGUGCGCAGGGCUUUGAGGCCAGUUUUCUUAGUGGCCAAAAAGUGGCAUUGCGACUUCCAGGCUGUCACCAGAUGCCACUUGGUCCCAAAAGACUUUUCCCAUACACUUACAUUGGAAAAGAGAUGUCUGUAAAUCAGUGGAUACGUUUUUUUGAGUGUCACAGCUCCUGCAAAAUGGCUAAUUUCACAAAUUUUGGACUUGAGCCCGCUCUGUUGCACCUGUAAACACACCCGCCAGUGAUGUCACAGUGCACUGACACACCCCAAAGUGCACUUCUACAUCACUUCAGAGAGGUGAACUGUUCGCCCACUGCAGGUCAGAAAACACAUCAUUUUAAGAUGGUGUCUAAGAGCCUCGCAACUAACACCUUCUGCAGUUACUCGGGUUGUUCCAUCGUUACCCAUUUCUGCUACUGUGGAUAGUAACUGCAAAGAACUUACAUUGCUACUCUUAAGUAACGAGACAACUACUGAUAGCUACCCGAGAAAACAGAAGCGCUAACCUCUUCCUGUUUUGAUUGCACAAUGAUUGACGCGCUUCCUUUGUGCCGUAUAUCAAGCCGUCAGUUUCUUGGGAGAUUGUACCCAGUGGCAGACAGACUUGCAUAGUGAAAGUGAGGCUUACAGGGAACAAAUGUAAAUGCUGAUACAACAGUUAGUAUGAUAUCUUAACAAAUUAGCGCCCCUACAAGUUAUGUUUAGGAAGAGAAUCGUGGAUGGGUAUCACAUGAUGAUGUGACAUCAUGUAUGUAUCGGGACACAACCAGUAGUCUCUUGAGUCAAAGUCCUGUGUUUAUUUGAGCCAUCCGUCCACCCCUACCUCCUUGCUAUGUGGACUUAAACUCUCUUUACACUAUGUUACCUGACUUCUUCCUUUGCUUCCACCAUGUGAGGGAUGUCAGCCUGCAGUGUAGAGGUCACAUGAUCACAGCCUCCUGGCUCACGAUUACGUAGAUUAUAUACGAAUUAUAGUGCAUCACUUUUCGUAGGUAUAAGUAAGAACAGUGAAUGAGAAGAGCCUGCAUUAUUCUACAGCCAUUACACUGUGCAAUUAGCAUUUACUUUGUAAUGAUAAUAGCAAAAAACUUAUUUCCACUUUAAUAAUGGACUAAACAUGAUGUUGCAGAAAUAGAUAAGGCACCUUGAGAAUAGCAAAAUUACACCUGGACUGUGUCACACAAUGGUGAAUGGUGAAAAACUGUGGUCACACGUGUAUCAAACUGAGCUGCAUCUGUAAAUUACCACUCAAUCUGCAGCUGAUGGUGGACUGAAGCAGAUCGCCAGGGAUGUGUUUGACAUCUGCAGAGGUUGUCUGUAGUGCUUCUAUUGCUUGGCUCAGACCACAAACAAAAAGAAAUUACACACCAGGGACUCUGCAAGGCCACGGUUAGCUGGCAACAAAUUAUACAUCAGUGUUAGAGGGAGAAAAAAGUGGUAGUAUUUGAAGUUUUUCUGCCCAUGCGGUAAUACUGUUAUCACCCCAGCUGCAGACGGAGAGCUGAGCGGCUUCACAUCGUCUCCCUUUUUAUCAUCUAUCAGACGAAUGGGGCCGAGGAUCUUCCCCUGUGAUGCUUUUGUUCAUUGAGUUCAGCUCGUUUUACCCCACAGAGAUCAAAACCACGGCUUCAUUUUAAAUUCUCAGGUUGAUCUCUGACGUGAUUAUUCUGUCCAGCUGGCUCUAUUGAUCCUCCGUGAAUCAGAUAUUUCUAUAGUGCCUUUUCCGCUCGUUUUUCCCCUCUCACUAUAGUGGUUUGGUGUUGUUGAUGUCCUGGGAUGGAGUUGCUGUAGAAGAUUAGAACAGAUUAGAUUUUAAAGAUGAAAAUCCUGUCCUGCAUGCUGUGAAUAAUAGAAAGUGGAGAAAUAAAUCUAUCACCUCCACAGCAGAGUUAUAGUAGCUGGAAGUGUUUUAUGCAGCCCUGUGCCCUUGUCCCAUUGCUGUAAUAGUUCAAGUAAUAUUUCAUUUCAUUUUAACACAAAUGGAGUCAACACUGCAUCCUUUAUUAGGGGUUUCAACAAACCUGGUCCAAAUAGAACUGCUUUGUAUGUUGGGUAAUUUUACCUGUAGAAAAAAACAUGAUAGUAGAAAGAAUGACAGCAGAUCCAAGUGAUGGAUGUGUUUGUUUACAUGGGUAAACUACUAUGUAGGAACCUAGUUUGCAUCUUAGAGGAAGAUGGGUGAGCCCCACUAAAGUCAGAACAUCCCGUCACCAAAUUAAAGCCUUAAAACAAAUUAUAACCAAUAUGAAAAGCAGAAGAGAGAUGUCACUGCGUCUUACUACAGUUUUCCUCUCCUCUCCUCUCCUCUCCUCUUACAAGUAGCAGAGACGUCUGAUAUCUUUCAUUUAUGCUCAUUUGUUUAUGUCAGAUGUGCAAAUGGGAGUAAACAAAGCCAGAUGGGGAAGGAGCGAGCUACCGUGCAACUGCUGCGACGGAAACAUUUGUCUUUCAUCCAGCUUUGCAAGACACACGAUGAUUCCCUAAAUUAUAAAAACUUGCAAAAACAUGCCAUUAAAUAAAUCACCCUCACUGUCAAUCGUCUUGUGAAUGCAGUAGUAGUACAGUAUAAGAUGUAUGUGGUGUGCUGUGUGUGCCAUCCCUGUACAGUCUGUCUGUGUUUAUAUCCGGCGAGAGACAGUUGUCAUAAGAGUGAGUUAAGAUAUUUAAUAAUCUCAGUCAUUAACUGUGGAUGUCCUAACGAAUUUAAAUGGCUGACCUCAGGGCUUCAUAACUAACUGCUGUACAAUAUAGUCACGUAUUGAAAUAAUACACUAAAUGGACUUCUAUAACCUUAUCAGGUGCUAUCAAACCACUGUAUGAGUAAUAGUAGAGUUAGAUUUGUUGUUGUCGGGAGCUCAGCAACCAAAAUAGAGAACACCAGGGUCGUGUAGUUCAAUUUUUGGCAGAUAAAAUGUCAGAAAUAUUACUGUCACCAGGCACCAAAAGCAACUUAAACUGCUCAAGUGGUAGAAACUCUUCCACUUGGGGUUGGUGGCUGCAGGAUGUUGAGCACUGUGGGCUAAAGUGUUAUCUAGUUUCGCAGACGGGCCAGAAGGAUGUGUGUAUGUGCAUGUAAUGUGGAAUAAUAUGUGUAAAAAUAACUGGUGUGCACUGGACCAAAUAACUUUCUAAAAAUGUGUGUGGUGAUGAGUUGUACAAGGUUGUCGUGUAAAUGUGUCUUCAUUAAAGCUCGCCACAAGAUUUGGAGAAGCUUAAUACUCUGUAGCAAAUGAUUGGGAAUCACGAGGAAGGCACAGAUUUGGUGUCGAAUGUGCAGUGUGGUUCAUGAUUUGAUUGCAGAGCUUGUGUUUACUCAGCCUGUGUGAUUAGAGGAAGAUUCAGUGCAAUACAUAUUUUUUCCAAGUUAGCUUUCAAUUCAGCAAAGACACACUUCUCCUUGUCAUAGUUAGGGACCGUACAAAAAUUACUGAUGUGUGAUGAGGGACUGAAAUUCAUUAUUUACGCUUUUUAAAAGCCUUCAAACCUUCUCCAGAGUUAUUAGUGUUU